UCAUAAUUUCCUCUCACUUUCGCAAACCCUUUUCUGAAUUUUUUUAUUAAUUUUUAAAUUGUGGACAUUAAAGUCCAAUUCUUUUUCAGAAACGGGGACGACGAACUGCUAUAAAAUAAAGCCAAAGUAAAGUCCUUUUUUCCUCACAUCUAAAUAAGAAAUUGAGUUUCCUCUGGAAACCAAUUCUGAAGCUCUGUUUUUUUCCCAAAUUUUCACUGACCAUGCCGCUUCCGUGGAAGAAGAUGCGGGUGAACCGAAUUUCCCAAUUCGUCGCCGAUCUCCAAUCACCGAAACGGGGCGGUUCACUCGUGGUCCAGACUGGUUUUCCGACCUCCCUCGUCGACCUCUUCGUCAAGAACCGCGAUCACUUGAAAAAGCCGUCGAAAAAGAACAAGAACAGGAAGAAGAAUAACCCGUCGGCUGACCAGGUCAGCGAUCGGAUCACAGCGAAUUGUGAACUGGGUUCGGGCAAUUUCGGGAUUUUGGUGCAACCCAGUUCACCAAAGGUCAAGAAUUUGAGCUGGGAAGAAGGUGAUCGCGGUGUUGAAGCUGGUGAGUUUCGGGUGUUGGGUGAGACCCAUGUUGAGAAUCGCAUUGUUGAUGAUGAGCAAUGCGUCGGUGGGAAUUGGAGAGCGGUUUUGCUGGCGGUGUUGAAGAUAUUCGCGGUGGUGGUUUUGGCUUUGAGUACCAAGAAGCUCGCUGUUGGGGUCACAUUGUCUGCUUUUCUGCUUCUGUUUCUUGAAUACGCGGGUAAGCAUUUGGCUUGUUUCUUCAAACCAUGCUCGAAAGCGAAACCUGUUUUGCAAAACGUGGCUCAGAGGGCGUCUUCAUAUUUAUUAUUUCUGAAUGGUUUUCAUGAGAGUGAGGAUUUGAAGGGGGUGAUUGUAUGUGAAAAGACUGGGGAUGUUGUGUUUGAAUUGGUUGAUGCUACGGGUGAUUCAGACUCUGCUAUUGGAGAGAUUCAGAUUGUUGAGUCUAACAAGAAGGGAAGUGUGUGCGCUGAUGAAACUGGUGGAGACAGACCUUUGAUUGAUUUACUUGGUGCAGAUUAUGAGAAGGAGAGGGUCGUGGAUAAGAGAGAUGUUGGUGAUAAAACUUUGGUUGAGUUGCUUGGUAUGGAUUAUGAGAAGAGGACGGUGGUGGAUAAGAGAAGAGUGGGUGCAGAAAAAGCAGUCGGUGAAAUAACUUUGGUUGAGUUGCUUGGUAAGGAUUAUAAGAAGAUAAAGGUAGUGGAGGGUGGUGAAGAUGGAGGUGAAUUUAUAGCAGAUAAGAAGAGUAAGGGUGGCAAAAAUUCUAACAUUAAAUCAAAACUUAUCAAGAAAUUUGUGCCUAAGAAGUUGCGCAGAAAGUGUAAGCAAAAUGAACCGGAGCUGGAGCCUCUCCUAAGCAGUGAUCACAUGGGAUAUGAUAAGUUAGAGGGAUGUGAAGAACAUGAAGACCAUAAAGAUGUGAAACAAGAGGAACAGGAAAGCGAAAACAUGUCAGUGUUUUCUGCAGAAGAGAAAAGUGAAAUCCAAGGAUUUGAUGGAGUUUCUGAUCUUGGCGAAGGAUCAUUGGCUGGCGGAGAAACACCCUUGAUUGUUGAAAGGAAGGGAAGAGAAGGGAAUUUAGGGUAUCUGGUUCUCUUUCUAAUUGUUCUUGCUGGACUUUUCGGAGGUCGGAUUGUAGCCCUGAUGCUUACAAUCACUAGCUGCUUUAUGCCGAAGUUGGCUGGAAGCCUGAGGAGAUCGGUAAAAAUAUGCCGGUGUUCUGUCCCGAUCUCAAGUUAGAAUAUCUGUGGUUGUUAUAGUGAUGUCUUGUUUUUCUUCAGAUAUAGGGUUCUUGAAUUCAAGUCUCGAAUUGUAGUCUGAAUGUGAAAGCUCAGUGUGCUAGAAAUUCCAACCUUUUCGUUGGAAACCCAGCUUGAGGUGUUGUACUCAAAACUGUAAAAUUGUUACAGAUACAAAUCAAUAGUACAUAUUUCUUGUUUCCUUGUAUUGA